GUAAUUUCAGAGUAAUUUUACAGCAUAUUUUGCCCAAUAAAAUUCGUUAAGUCGAAAACCUCUCCUCACAUAUUAAUUAUCCCAGUUCUCUGCCACGGCUGCGCUAAAUCUUCGUAUACAGUGGAUCAUUUUUAGCGCUGUUGAUUUUCUCUGAACACAAAAAUGACCACUCCAAAUCCAGCACUAAUUAAUCCAAGUCCAUCAUACAACUGGGACUAUUCAUGGAUUGUGGGAAGUGCGUUCGUCGUUGCAUUUUUUACGGCUUUUACGAUGGGCGCCAACGAUGUGGCCAAUUCAUUUGGUACCGCUGUCGGUUCCCGUGCCUUGACUUUACGCACUGCGUGCAUACUGGCCAUUGUUUUUGAAACAUCAGGAGCAAUACUGCUUGGAACCUACAUGACGAGCUGGAAGGACACCGUUGACCUUUCCGUCUACAGGGGAAACGAACGCGUGCUGCUUUUUGGAGAAAUUAGUUCCUUGGUCGGCACAGCAAUGGUUUUGCUCGUUGCGACUCUGCUAAGAAUCCCAGUGUCCGGAACCCAUGCAAUGGUCGGUGCAACGGUCGGGUUUUCGCUGGUAAAAGUGGGUCCAAAUGGAGUCUAUUGGUUGCGACUGUUGCGAAUUGUUGCUUCAUGGUUUAUCUCGCCGCUACUUGCCGGAACGUUUUCCGGUGCUUUGUAUGUCCUUAUUCAGCGAUUCAUCAUAAGCACCGAUCACCCAAAAGAGCGCGGACUGGCGGCGAUGCCGUUUUUAUACGGCAUUACCAUUUUUAUAAACUUUUCUAGCCUUUUUCUCGACGGAAAGCUCAUGCCCGGCGUGAUAGAAAAAAUUCCUUGGUGGGGCUCGCUGAUAAUCAGCACUGGAUUAGGCCUAAUAACAGCCUUCGUAGUGUAUUUUUUCUUUGUUCCAUGGCAGCGGAAGAAAAUAGAAGAUCACCUCAUAGAAAUCAGGACAAGAGAAUUCGUGUCACUACGCCAGCGCAGUCUGUCCAUGGGCGACAUUGAAGAAGCUCUGUGUUCAGAAGUAGCAACCAUGGACGAGCCGAGUACCACCAGUGACACUACGACAGACUUUGGUGGAUGUCCCGAUGCAGCGGUAAACCGUUGGUCACGCCAAAGUCAUAACAGGAGAUCUUCACUGAAACGGCAUCGUCAUCGUACCAGACAGCUGUCUAAGAAAAGUUUACGAAGCAUCAGUGAUUUUGAGCGGGAAGAGUUUCUUGCCGAAAUGGGAAUGUUGCACGCCGGUGAUAAAAUGCCAUCGCUUCUGGAAGCGUCUCCGUCGCAGCCUGGACAAGAUUCGGAAACGAAUUCCGCCAGAAGCGACGGCAUCACCAUGACCGUUGUUUCAGCGGUCACCGUGACAUCACCGACACCAACUGGCAUGCUGACCUCGGUCGCUGCGGAUGAAAGCAUCGAAGUGCUUUCAGACAAUAUCAGUGAAGGGGCGGCAAAAAAUGACACAGAUGCAAGGGAUGCCAACGAGUCAGAGGCAUUAAGUGAAUUCGCUAUGAAACCUUCACAGACUGAAUCCACCAUCACGACGCUUACUGAGGCCCAACUACGGAGUAAUAACCGCAAAAUUAGGCCUCUGCUGAACUGCUGCAGUGAUGCUCGCGCGUGCAUAAAAGAACGGCCGGUGUCCCGUCGCAGCAGCUUUUUCCACGAUGAUCAACCGGAAACCGCGCCGAUAUUUUCCUAUUUGCAAAUUGUAACUGCCACUUUUAUCGCUUUUGCGCACGGGGGCAACGAUGUGUGUAAUACGGUGGGACCACUCGUUGAGAUUUGGGCAAUUUUCACGUACGACCGAAUCGGUGAUGAAAACCAGCCGAACAUCUGGCUCCUGUGUUUCGGCGGCCUAAGCAUUUCCGCUGGCCUUUGUUGUCUUGGCCGUCGGGUCAUCGAAACCAUCGGAACGACCUUGUCACCUGUUCUGCCCAGCAGUGGAUUCUGCGUCGGACUGGGUACGGCGUCGACGGUGAUGCUGGCCUCGAAGGUUGGCAUACCGAUUAGCACGACGCACUGCAUUGUGGGAUCUGUAAUUAUUGUCGGGCUGCUGCAGUGCCGCAAAGAAGUCAACUUGAGGUUGUUUGGCUGGAUCGCAGGGGGAUGGCUCAUUACACUGCCGUUAUCAGCAGCUUUUGGUGCUGCUAUGAUGGCACUGCUUCUUUAUAGUGCCUGAGUAAAAACGCAUCCAAAACUACACAUUUGCGUUUCAAAUUUUACUGCACCAUAAUUAUACGAGUGUGGAUUUCGAUAUAAUGUUUUUGUACAAACGAACUAAAACAAUUCUUAACACAUUUGUAUACAAUACUUAUCCACAUUUGUACACACCGACCGAAUA